AUGAAGAUUCAGCGCAGUGCGCUCAUCUCGGUAUUGUUGACACGACCCCUUGAAAAGGACCAACGGGAGAACCAUGGCGCGCAAGGUAAAUCUCUUCUCAUGUCCGGGAUCUCGGCCUUGGAGGUCAACCUUUACGGUACACGUCCUGGUCUCGAACUCCUCGGGCUGCUUGGACUUUCCGAUAGCUGA